UGAGAGCCGACAGCGGGAGGGCGGGGCGGGGCGGGGCGAGGGUCAGGGAAGCUGCCCCACCAUGAGCCUACUGGGGAAGCUGUUCGGCACCGGGGGGAAGGCGGGCAAAGGCCCGAGCCCCCAGGAGGCCAUCCAGCGGCUGCGGGAGACCGAGGAUAUGCUGACCAAGAAACAGGAGUUCCUGGAGAAGAAGAUCGAGCAGGAGCUGAGCACCGCCCGGCAGCACGGCACCAAGAACAGGCGCGCUGCACUACAGGCCCUGAAACGUAAAAAGAGGUACGAGAAGCAGUUGGCACAGAUAGACGGCACUCUGUCCACCAUCGAGUUCCAGCGAGAGGCGCUGGAGAACGCCAACACUAACACCGAAGUACUUAAGAACAUGGGCUAUGCCGCUAAAGCCAUGAAAGCAGCUCACGAGAACAUGGACAUCGACCAGGUGGAUGAUCUGAUGAACGACAUCACAGAGCAGCAGGUGGUGGCACAGGAGAUCUCCGAUGCUAUCUCUAAGCCGGUCGGGUUUGGGGAAGACUUCGAUGAGGACGAUCUGAUGGCUGAGCUGGAGGAGUUGGAACAGGAGGAACUCGACAAGAACCUGCUGGAGAUCGGAGGGACUACCCCCGUGCCUCUCCCCAACGUCCCAUCCACAUCCCUCCCCGCAGCGAGCAGGAAGAAGGAGGAAGAUGACGAGGACCUGAAAGACUUGACAGCGUGGGCGGAGGCCAUGUAAGGCAGCCACCAUCUUGGACAGCACAGACUCCGGUCACACGGUGCGGUUCCGAGGUGGGCGAUAACUGCGGUGACAGUUGUCAAACUGAGGUGGUGACUACACCCGAAAGGCACGGUGGUGGGAGGUGGGUGGGGUGGGGGGGGUUACAGCCUCAGAACUGGACCCCAGGAGGAGACCUUCCCCCCCACACACACACUCUCCCACCCCCCGCACACUUGGUCUUGGCUAGUAUUGGAUGUCUUAACCCAUUUAUGAUCACCAGCCAGAAGCUUGACGCUCUGCAAUUAUUUGAGGGGCGAUGUGGGCGGAGGGGGAACAUGACUGCACCCAUCCCUCCCCGCUGCCAUGUUUCUUUUACUUUAUAUAAAUAUAUAUAUAAUAUUUGCUGUACAUUUCCUCUGUAGCGUUGCACAUUGGUGUCUGAGUAGCGGAUUGCUGAGAGUGAGUGCACACACACACGCACACAGACACAGAGCACUGCUUGUUUUACGUUGAGGCUCCACGAGCUGUAGGUGGCUGGAUUCUUUUGGGGGUGAUUUUUGAUUAAUUCUUAAAACUAUUUUCCUCUCUCUGUGUGAUGAUGAACUUUAUUUUAAUAGAAACUAUCCGGCAGUGUGUUGCGGGAGGGAGGGAGGAGGACAUGUGUGUGUGAGGGUGGGGGAAUCUGAAUUAAUCAGUAUUAAAAAGGUUUCUUUCGCUCUCUCAUUAUCUUCGCUCAGUUUGAAGUGUGGUUUUCAAUCAUAUCGUUGUUUCUUUCUCAUCAAACCUGAACCCGGCCUCACUCGCUCUCUCUCUCUGCAUCUGCUGGGGGCGGGGGAGAGAGAAGUCAUUUGAAAUUUGUUGUCCUUGUUGUCGGGUGCAAAGAGAACAGCGUUUUGAAUGAUAUUGUGGGCAUGAAACUCGAUGUGUGUAGUAACGCUGUCCCCUUAUCUCCACACUACGCUAAACAGUAUUGAGACCCCACCCCCUAAAUAAUUAAUUAAUUCUUAAAUCUGCUGUAAAUAUGUUAAUCGAUAAUAAAAAGUGACUUUGUAAAGCGUA